CCCUAGUCAUUUUCCAUCGCUCACAUAGAUCUGAUUUCUUUUCUUGAGAAACAAACACAUUUCAUAUUUUCAAGCAAGUUCUCAAAUGGCUCGUACCAAGCAGACCGCCCGGAAGUCGACGGGAGGGAAGGCGCCUCGGAAGCAGCUGGCGACUAAGGCAGCCAGGAAGUCGGCUCCUGCCACCGGAGGAGUGAAGAAGCCACACAGGUUCAGGCCGGGGACGGUUGCUCUGAGAGAGAUCAGGAAGUACCAAAAGAGCACGGAGCUGCUGAUCAGGAAGCUCCCGUUCCAAAGGCUGGUGAGAGAGAUCGCUCAGGACUUCAAGACCGACCUCCGCUUCCAGAGCAGUGCCGUCGCCGCUCUUCAGGAGGCUGCUGAGGCCUACCUCGUGGGGCUCUUUGAGGACACCAAUCUUUGCGCUAUUCACGCCAAGAGAGUUACCAUCAUGCCCAAGGAUAUCCAGCUUGCCCGUAGGAUUAGAGGCGAGAGGGCUUAAUUAGGGAACGAAAAUUGUGGAGCUAACGAUUAGAUCUAAGUGCUUUCUUUGUCUCUAGGUUUAUUUGUCAAGAUCUUUGUUAUUCUAGUUUCUAUGUGGCCUGAGAAUGUUUUGGAAAUCUAAUCGCUUAUUAGAUUUCUAAUGGUUUUCUUUAUUGUAUCUUAUCUGUUUGAUAAUUGGUGGUAGAGGUUGAAUUUUGUGAAAUUUGCAGCCAUCGUUGUUCUAAUUUUUUCUGCUAAAUUGUGAUUGAUGACCUAAUUUACCUUU